GUAUUCGAAUAUGGAGGAUAUGAAUAAUCUACCAAGGACAAUGAAGAGCCAAAUGUGCAAGCAAAAAAAUUCUACAAAUUGUUGGAAGAUAGUGAGACAGAGCUAUAUCCUGGUUGUAAAAAAGUGUCAAAGUUGUCUUUUGUAGUUAGGCUACUCCACUUGAAGUGUCUUAAUCACUGGAGCAACAAAUCCGUGGAUGCAUUGUUGAGCUUCUUUAAAGAAGUUCUUCCGGAGGGGUCAUUCGUACCUAAUUCUUUCUAUGAUACAAAGAAAGUGCUUUAAGAUUUAGGCUUGGGGUACACCAAAAUAGAUGCAUGUGAGAACAAUUGUAUCUUAUAUUGGCAUGAGUAUGCCAAUGCCCAAUCAUGUCCUAAGUGCAGUAAGUCAAGAUGGAAGUCAAAAGAAAAUAAAGGCAAGAAUGUAGCUAAUAAAGUCUUGCGACAUUUUCCAAUGAAACCAAGAUUGCAGAGAUUGUACAUGGCAAGAGAGACGUCAAAAAAAUGAGGUCGCACAAAGAGGAACGUAUUGAUGACGGUGUAUUGAGACAUCCCUCAGACUCCAUGGCAUGGAAAUCUUUUGACGAGCAACAUCCCACUUUUGCAGCAGAACUAAGAAAUGUUUGAUUAGGUUUAGCAAGUGACGGGUUCCAAACUUACGAAAACAUGAGUACCAAUCAUAGUAUUUGGCCUGUCGUACUAGUUCCAUACAAUUUGCCACCAUGGGAUUGCAUGAAGAAUUCAUAUUUCAUGAUGACAUUUCUUAUUCUAGGCCCUAAGUGUCUAGGUAAUGAUAUAGAUGUAUACUUACAGCCAAUGAUUGAAGAGUUAAAAGAAUUAUGGAACGGAGUGGAGACUUAUGAUGCAUACUCACAAUCUAAUUUUAUGAUGCGUGUGGCUGUCAUGUGGACAAUCAAUGACUUUCCUGCAUAUGGAAACCUCUCGGGAUGGUCAACCAAAGGUAAGCUUGCAUGUCCGUGUUUCCAUAAAGAUACACAAUCUAUUUCCUUGCGUAAUAAGUUGUGUUAUAUGGGUCAUCGUCGCUUCCUUCCAAUGGAUAAUCCAUGGCGUAAAAAUAGGAGGUUAUUUGAUGGGAAACUGGAGAUGGGGGUUGCACCUAAUCCUUUAACAGGUGAUGAAGCACUGACACAAUUACAAGGUUUGAGAAAUGUAACUUAUGAUAAAGUCCAAAAGCGGAAGCGUGAUGUUCUCAAAGAUGCUUAUAAUUGGAGGAAGAAAAGUAUUUUUUUUCAAUUGCCUUAUUGGGAGAAUCUUUUGUUAUGACAUAACCUUGAUGUGAUGCAUAUAGAAAGAAAUGUAUCCGACAACAUUGUAUCAACUGUUAUGAAUAUAGUUGGGAAGACAAAGGACACAUUAAAAAGUAGAUAUGAUUUGGUGGACCUUGGCAUCAGGCAAGGGUUACAUCCAAUUGAAGAUGGGAAUAAUAUUUUGUUAUCGGCAGUAUGUUAUGCAUUGUCCCUGCAAGAGAAGUUGAAGGUAUGCAACUUCUUAGCCUAUUUUAAGGUUCCUGAUGCCUUUUCAUCUAACAUUUGAAGGUGUGUCAACAUCCAGGAUAAAAAGAUACAUGGAUUAAAAUGUCAUGAUCACCAUGUAUUGUUACAAGACAUUUUUCCAGUAGUAAUACGUGGUUUGCUACCUAAGGAAGUGUCUGAACCAAUUAUAGAGUUGGGCCAAUUUUUCAAGAAUUUGUGCUCUAAGUGCCUGACAAUUGAAGAUCUUGAUAUCCUAGAGGCUCAAAUUGCUAUCACAUUAUGCAAAUUUGAAAUUGUUUUUCCUCCAACGUUCUUUGAUGUCAUGGUUCAUUUGCCAAUUCACUUGGUAAGAGAGGCAAAGCUUGGUGGACCAGUUCAAUAUCGAUGGAUGUAUCCUUUUGAAAGGUAUUUACGGAUACUUAAGUCAUAUAUUCGCAACUUAGCUCGUCCUGAAGGUUCUAUUGACGAAGGUUAUUUGGCAGAAGAAUCUCUCACAUUUUGCUCACGAUACUUAAAUAAUAUCUCAACUAAAUUCAAUAGACCGGCUAGGAAUGGUAAUGAAUCUGUGCCAAAUGGUGAGAUGUCUAUAUUUAAAGAUAGUGGGCGACCAAAAGGUGGUUCAGAUAUCGCUGAAUUAUCUCGUCAUGAGUUCAAACAACUAGGCAUGUAUGUGCUUCAAAAUUGUGAAGAGGUUUGGCCAUUCAUAGAGGAGCACAAAAGAGAGAUUGAAAGACAAAGUUCAAUAGGAAAUGAAAGGCAUACCGAUGAUUUUCCUGAUUGGUUUUGUGCACGUAUCUUUCAACUAUCAGCACAAGGACAUGUAAGUGAUGACCUUUUAAGCUUAGCAGUUGGUCCAGGAAUCGUUACUCUACAUUGAUGGUGAAUGGAUUUAGAUUCCAAACAAAAGAGCUUGAGUCGAGAAGGAAAACGCAGAAUUGUGGAGUUCUUGUGAGAGGAGAUGAUUCAGACUCUAAAAAGGAGUAUUAUGGCAUAGUAGAGGACAUUUACGAGUUGUCUUACAGGGGAAAUAGGAAAGUUUACCUCUUCAGGUGUCAUUGGUGGGAUGUGGCUCAUUUAGGAAAAGGGUAUAAGAUUGACAAAUACGGUUUCACAAGUGUGAACACUCGUUGUGCCUUGCGUACAAAUGAACCAUUUGUGUUGGCAUCUCAGUCUUUACAAGUCUUCUACUUGAAUGAUAUGAUUGACAAAGAGUGGUUUGUUGUUGUAAAAACAAAUCGUCACGACCUUUAUAAUAUGCCUGAAAAGAAUGAUAGUUGUAUAGAGGUUGAAGAUGAAGUGUUACUGAAUGGAGAAGCUUAUCAACAAGAGGAAGUUGAAUUUAAUAUGUUGCGUACUGAUGAUCAAGAAAUUGAUAUCGUGGUGUCUUUACAUAGGGGUGAUGUUGAACCACAAAGCAUUAAUUAUAAUGAUGCAAGUGAACAGGCUCAGAAAAGUGUGCAUAAUCAGGAAGAGGAUUUCAUUGAUGACAACCAAAUAGAUAUGUCAGAGAAUGAAGAAAUUGAAGAAGAGAACAUUGACAUAGAGGACAGUGAUAUGGAGUGACCAAAGAAAUAGCUUUCUAUCAAGUCACGGUCAUCUCGGAUUUUUGCAGAAAGUGCACAUCCCACUCCAGAGAUUGAAAAUAGUGGUCCAACAGGGACAAGGUUCUUAAACUAUCACAAAUAGAGACGAUCAAGGAGGAGUUUGAAGACACCUGGUGUUUUAUUUUUGUCAAAGGCAUCGAAGAAGGAGGCAUUUGUAGACAUCUAAAAUUUUGUUGCUUUUUGUCAAAGGUGUCAAAACAAGGAGGAGUAUGAAGACUGGAUACACUUCAUGUUUUAUUCCUUUUGUUGAUAUGUAAAUGCAUACAAUGGCACUAUGAUAAAGUAUUGGGUUGUGUAUGGUUAAUUGACUAUUUAGUAGGUAUUUUAUUUAUAAUAUUCGGCUUGAGAAA